GCCUGGCAGUGUUCGGCCCGCAACCGUACGUGACUCUCGUGUAACUCCCGGUGUAGCGUACUGUUUUUAACCUACUACCCCUGUCUCGAGUUUCCCGGCUUUACUGUUGCUUGUGAGGAAAGGUUUACGUUCGCCUUUAUUUUGCUUCGAAUAAAAGAUUACUUUUUACCAAUUGAUUAUUCGUGUUAAUAACCCAGUUUGAAAUCUCGAUUAUGCCGGAUCCAAUCUUUUCGAUAGCCUCUGAACUGUCCUGACAUGCUCGAGCAUGUUCCCUUUGUGAAGUUGAACAGUGAGCAGUGAUUGAUGCUAGACAGAACUCAGAUGCUAUGCAGUGGUAUUCUGCAGGGUUGAAGUUUAGCGCGUCGGUGAGAAAAUGUGUUGAAGAUGUGGGUUUGUGGGCCAUGCGGUAAGAUGACGCCCAACACUGCCGUGUUUCUCCUUCUUAUCACCUCCUCCCUCCUGCCCGCCUCCUCAGCUUACUUCAAUGUCUACAUCAGCCAGGAGGAGAUAAGGAAGUUGAUGGGAAUCAACUCAUCAGAGCUGUACUAUGUGCGGGAGGGGGUGGUGAAUACCUAUGCCAUGAACUUCGUUGUUCUCCUCUCACCACAGGUUUCCGAUCUUCAAUUCUACUGGCAGGCUGUGGUUAGACACCCGGUGACGUACAUGUGGAAGAUCGAGUACAACAACAUGGACGCCAUGCUUCCGCCCAGCUUCAGCAUAGCCAAACAGGGUCUGUUGCCCGCCUACCCGCAGUCGUUCACUGUUAACUUCCACUGCACCGGCCAGCGCAGCGCUGAGAUCCAUGUGCUGCUGCAGCUCAACGUGUCAGCCCGCAAGCCCAAACACCAGGACACCUCCAUCACAUUCCGCAGGAACAAGAUCUGCUACAAAACGGUGGGAACGGAUGAGUCGACGCCACGCAAUGACUCCGUUCACCUGGAUCUCGAUCCGUCGCCUGGCACCAACUACCUGGCAAUAGGAUCUGCGUUUCUUGUUCUCUUCCUCAUCAUUUUCUGCUCUUCUCUCGCCUACGGACAGAUCCAGAAGAAAACCAACACACAGGAAUCAUUGAACACGAGCUACACAAGUGGCGCGUACGCGGGCAAUCCGAACGUGUUCAUCCGGAUGAAUUCGGUGGCGAGUGGCAGCUACGCGACAAUCGCAAGCCUCAGGAAGUCGUCGCCGUCGCCCUACGCCACAUCCUGCGUCACCACCGACACACGCGGACGCACCAUGCAUCACAUCUACGCCAAGCCACGUGUGCCCUACUACGCGUCAGCCCAGCUCACACAACUGCCACAGCUUGACCCAGAAGAGAGACUGCGUCGCUUACACGUUCCUAGGCAUCGCAUAGCACCCCGCAGUCUGCUCUAUGAGGGGACGUUCGGACGCAUCUACAAAGGCACAUUCCAUUCUGAAGAUGACUCAAGGACGCAUGAUGUCCUCGUCAAAACUGUCUCUGAAGAGGCUUCACGUCUCCAAGAAUCUGUAUUGCUAUCAGAAGGAACGAUCCUGUAUGGGUUCACACACCAACACUUGCUUCCAGUUUUAGGAGCCAACGCUGAUCCACAUCUUCCACCCCUCAUAGUCUAUCCACUAAUAAAUAAGGGGAAUCUAAAAAGAUUCCUGCAAAACUGUGAUAGUAGAGAAGAACAAUACACAUUGCUCACUCCAGAACUAGUCAAGAUGGCGACCCAGGUUGCUUCUGCUGGAGCAUUUCUCACCGUUCAGGGCAUUUGUCAUAAGGAUAUUGCAACAAGAAAUUGUGUGAUUGAUGAGAGAUUGCACGUUCGAGUGACGGACAGUGGCCUGGCGAGGGAUCUGUUUCCGGGUGACUAUCAUUGUCUGGGUGACAACGAGAACCGACCUAUCAAAUGGCUUGCUCUAGAAAGCCUCACUCUCAGGACUUUCACGUCUGCUUCCGAUGUGUGGGCUUUUGGAGUGCUCGUUUGGGAACUGGUGACUCUGGGACAACAGCCGUAUGCUGAGGUGGACCCAUUCGAAGUGGCUGCUUAUCUCCGAGACGGGUAUCGACUCUCUCAGCCCCUCAACUGCCCUGAUGAGCUAUUUGAAGUAAUGAAAGAGUGCUGGAGAAACGAUCCCGAUGCUCGACCUUCUUUCGUUCAACUAUUGGCGUUUCUUGAUGAAUUUUCCUCUACUCUUGGUACUUAUAUUUAAAUUUUAUUGCUGACUGUGGAAACAUUUCAAUGUGCUAUGUCAAUAAAAUCGUUUGUUAAUCAUUAUAUAUUAA